CCUCUAUACCCUCUCUACCCUCCAUACCCUCCAUACCCUCCAUACCCUCCAUACUCUCCAAACUCUUCCUCUAUACCAUUCCACGAGACCGUCUACCAUACCGACGCCUCACAGACUCUUCAGUCUAUCUCCAUACUCCUUCCAAGCACAUCAAUCCUUUAAAAUGACUGCUCCUCCGCCCUAUCCUCCUCAACCUGCUAUUCCUUGCCAAGUCAGGACUGCUGAGCGCUGUCUGGGUGCUGAUAUGGAUGAGAAACUUGUUAUCCUUCCUCUUCGCCCUCCCACGAUUACUCCUCGUCAAGCCCGGGCCGCUAAGCGCCGUAAGCAGAAGGAACUGGAUAACAAGCUGAAGGAACGGGAUAACAAACUGAAGGAGUGUUUUGCGGAAAUGAGUGGAAACAACGCAGAAAAGAUCAUCAGGGUAAUGAGCAUGAUGGAUUGCACGAUGUUGCAGCUCAUGAAUCAGUACUUUACGUCAAGCGAUCGGAAUGACACUAGGGCUGCCUUGUUCUACGGAAACGGAGGCCCCAAGUCCAUCAUGGACCUUUGGGACAAAAACAUACGCAACACGGACGCAAAGAACUCAUUCAGGGGCACCAUCAUGAAGAUCGCAUCAAACAUAGCUCGUGAGGAAAUAAACCGUGCCAAGAAUGCCGCCUGUUUCAAAACACCGUCUCCAACGUUCACCCGACAAAAGGCAGUUGAUUUCUCGCUCGAAACCCUUUCAAAAGACUUGCAUUCGAAGGCGCCGCAUCUUAUGUUCAUGCUAGGGCAGAUGACGAGCGUGAGCAAAAGCAACGGGCGCAGUCAGUCAGUCAUACUUCCAUUAAUUGGAAGCAUGAUUUUGAACCUUUGUUGUCGUACGUGCAAUAGUUUGCAGAUGGUUUUGGGUCUUUUUCUUUUCAGUAACGGAACUCCAAAGCAGGUCGUCGAGGUCUUUUGCCGCUCUGGUUUAUCGGUGUCUCCCAAGACUAUAGAUCGAACAUUAGAAACACUUGGAAAAGACUCCAUGAAGAGAGCACAGGAGGCCAUGAGGACGAAACAUUGCAGUUUAGUCUACGACAACAUUAAUUUUGCACUUCGGAAGUCCGAUCAGCGCUCCAACAACGCCGACAACUUCGAAAGCGGCACUGCCGGGACACUUAUACGGGGUGAGGAUCCAGGAUUGCCAGAUCUACGGACUGACCAAGAGAUUUUCGCAGAGUAUCAACCCAAGGAUCUACGCAUCUCAAGUGCAGACAAUGCACAUGCUGAUUUGGUCUUCCGGAACAUUUUCUCUGAGGUUUUACAUCGCCGUGUUGAGUCGUUCAAAGGCUCCAUGCUUCCAGCUCCGACAAUCUUACCCCUUCCUCUGGAAAAGACAGAGACAUUCCCACUGCCAACUUUGCCCAUCAACCAGUCAAGCGUGGAUGGAAACAUAAGCGUUCUAGAGGAGUACUGUCGCCAACUCAAACUAGAACCAAAAUGGUUCAACGACAAGCAAAUACUCACCUUAGGGGAUCUUCUUACCACUCUUCGGCUCAGGGGUGCGAAGAUGGCACGGCGGGAUGACACAGACAGUUUCAACAGGAUAGAUUGGGCGAUACCAGUGCCACAGCUUUUCCACUUGCAGAUGUCAUUCGCAGGAACAAUCCUCAGUACUCAUUACGGAGAUAAGAACGAAGCCGGAUCCUUGGCAUACAACGCAGAGAUGCUAAACAGGAAGAGAGUCAGCAUCAACAAAUUUGACUUUCACGCCGUGAACGAGCUAUUGCGACAUACAUUCGACGCUAUGGUUCUGCGAUUUUGGCAAGUGGAGCUAGGAGUGGAGGACCUGAAUGCAUUCGGGGAAACUCAUAAUCAGAAGGAGCUCUCAGAUAUGGUUUCCGAAAGGAUUCCCCGCUUUAUUUCAAGAUGUCUAGAUCCUGAGCAGAGAUGCCAGUUCGACGUGGCCUCACGUAACUCAUUCAUCUUCCUCAGAGACACGGCUUUCUACUUGGAGCUGGCCAACGCUAUCAAGGCUGGAGAUGUGGGACGUAUUGAGAGUGUGGUGAAAUGGAUAUCAGUGAUGUUUCAGGGUUCUUCGGCCACAAACUAUGCUAAUGAGCUGCUUCAUCUGCAUUGUGCGCUGAAUUAUAGGUAUUCGGCUCAGACAAAGAGAGCUGUGCUGUCUUCAUGGCUAGUUAACACGACUGGAAAAGAUGGUGGAUGGAUUCCUACGGAUUUGUACCAGGAGCAUAACAACCUCCUUAUCAAAGUUGUGCAUUCAGCAAGGGCUAGCUCUACACCAUGGGAGACAAUGUCGACCAAAAUUGCACCAAACAUCGAGAUUUUUGCAGAGGUCAAGAAGAUAAUUCCAGCAAUGUUCAAGACUCCACGGAAUAAGAAUUGGCACAACCCCGUUUCUGCAGAUAUCGACAUCAACAAGGUCAUUGUGACGCUAAGGGAGUCUGGUAUCUUCGAAGCGAAACAAGGCGACGACGAUCUAGACUGCACGAUGGACACCAAACCAGUGAGGGAUCUCUUUGACACUGGCAAUGAAAACAUAUGUUCUCUUAAAAAGUUCCGUGAGUUCCGAGCUCGCAACCAAAGCUCCAACAACUAUCCGAGUCAUCAUACCUCAGAAUGUGGCAGUCCAUACAAUGUCAAUGAUGGACCACAGCAAUACAACAUCUCGCAAUAUUUACAGGACAUCCAACAAGACGAACUCUCGGACAUGGAUACGCAGAGCAUCUGCUCCAUCAGCCCAAACGAUGUGGACUACGACGAUGGCGCCGCCUUUGAGAGAUAUAUUACUACAAAUAAGGAGUUGGAACUGGAUGCAGUAGAGGAGUACUUAGAUCCUUCUGAUAACAACGAGGACCAAGAUGAUGAAGACUUUGAUGAACUUUGAAGCUUUUAAUAAGACGCUCAAAAUAAGAAAAAUAAAUCGUGCUCAGUUAUUAUAUAAACGGAU